CCACACGGAAGAAAGGCUCAGCUAGCUAGAAAACACGCAGAGAUGCAAACCCUCUUUCUUCACACUGCGUCGGUUCCUCUCGCCUCGCUUUGAACCUUCACGUUAGAGGAGCUUUUAUGAGUUUUCCCUUCUCCUGCUGGAGUCAACAUGGCGACGUGCAUCCCCUUCCAGACACAGCUAUCCUCCAUCAUGGAGGUCCUGGUGAAGGCAGCCGUGGCUGAGAUCUCCAAGCUGGUCGAUGACAAAUGUGCGUUUCUGCACCUGGAAAUCUCCCGAAAGCAGAGCGAGAACGAGAUGCUGAAGAGGAAGCUGCUGAUGAUGGAGAGGAGGAACGCUCAGCUGCAGCUGGAAAACUACAUGGAUCGAGGAAGUGAUGGAGGCAGCAGCUGUCCACAUCCUGCAGGAGACAUGAAGUUCCCAGAGAUCGAAGAUGCCACUGUUUCCUUCACCAUUAAAGAGGAGAGUCCAGAUGAGGCCCUGUGGAUCAGCGAAUCUACUGGAGCGAUCGGCGCCGCCAUAUCGUACCCGAAUCCCGCCAGUGCUCCCGAGAGCCAGCAGUUCGAGGAGAACCAGCAGUUAUCCCAGUCAGAGGCAUCCAGACAGAAGGCUUCAGACUUCGCCGACUCUUUCGGCUCGUCUCAGCAUGCGGUCGACAUCAGUGGCCUUCAGUUCACCGUCAAGACGGAGAAGGAGGAGAGCCGGCUGGCCUUCGGACAGGACCGCUGCCAACACAGCGUGGGCAAGCACACUCAGCUGGCCGCCGACUUCUCCAUGGACGAACGGGAGAAUCAGCUGUGGUCGUCUAUCAUCGAAGGCAAUGAGAUCGAAAGCGGCUUUCCUGACUUUUCCAGUGUUGUGGAGGAGUAUUCCAACUCCUUCGGGGACCAUUCAGAUGCAAAUGCAGUUUCUAACACUACGAAAUCGGCUGGCGUCCAGCAGUCGCCCGCUCAGAGGCUGUGCAAUGGGGUUUACAGCGGCGACGCCCCGCAGCCGUCCUGCUUUCAGCCCAGGCAGCAGGACGCCCUCUCGCAGCGGGAAAAGAUGAAGGAGCAAAUCUACCCGCAGAGGAACCCUUCGCAGGUCGCUCAUCUAGGGCAGCCGGACGUAGACCCCGAGAGGGACGUCACCGGCGACCGCCCGGCGGUCACUCACUCGCACGGCGCUCUAACGCCGAGCGGCUUCCACCAUCUCAACCCCCACAAGCCCUUCUCCGGCGUGGCCCGGGGCUACGCCUGCUCGCAGUGCGGCAAGACGUUCGGCCGCCUGCACCAGUACAAGCUGCACCAGCAGAGCCACAAGAGGAAGCGGGCCUUCUGGUGCACGGUGUGCGGGAAGAGCUUCCAGUGCUCGUCCCACCUGAGCAUCCACCACCGCACGCACACGGGCGAGAAGCCGUUCGGCUGCGGCCAGUGCGGGAAGCGCUUCACGCAGCAGAGCAGCCUGAGGGUCCACCAGCGCACGCACAGCGGCGAGCGGCCGUACAGCUGCUCGCAGUGCGGGAAGACCUUCAUCCUCAUGCACCAUCUGAAACGCCACCGGAUCAUCCACACGUACAGCUGAGGGGCCCACGUGCGCGGAGGGACACGCUCGACACUCACGAACCAAACGGAAACAGCGACAAGCCGGCAGCUUUCUUUGGUUGCGAUAUUUAUCCUGCUGCUGACCUUUGUAAUUAAUCCAUAUUUUCCUAUGCAAAAUCCAUCUGGAUGGAUUUUACAAUGUUUGCUUCUUUUU